AUGCUGUACGUGGACAAGUACCGGCCGCGGGACCUCGACGAGCUGAGCUAUCACCCUCAGCUCACCGAGCAGCUCCAGAGUCUGGCGGCGAGUGAAGACUUUCCCCAUGUGCUCUUUUACGGCCCCAGCGGCGCGGGUAAAAAGACGCGCAUCACCUGCCUGCUAAAGGCCCUGUACGGCCCCGGCGCGCUAAAGCUCAAGGUGGACCAGCGCGUCUUUUUGAACCCCAGCAAGCGCAAGAUUGAGGUGAAUCUGAUUAGCAGCAACUACCAUAUUGAGAUCACGCCGAGCGACGCGGGCUCGUACGACCGCCUGAUCAUCCAGGACAUUCUGAAGGAGAUCGCACAAACGCAGCAGGUCGACCAGAACGCCGCGCACAAGUUCAAGAUUAUCGUGAUCAACGAGGCCGACUCGCUGUCCCGCGACGCGCAGGCGGCGCUGCGCCGCACGAUGGAGAAGUACAUGACCAACCUGCGCCUGAUUCUGUGCGCCAACAGCACGUCGCGCAUCAUUGCGCCGAUCCGCUCGCGUUGCCUGCUGAUGCGCGUCGGUGCGCCGGCCGACGGGGACAUGGCGCGCGUCCUGCGCCACGUCGCCAAGCGCGAAAAGUUCCACCUCCCCGACGAGACCUCGGCGGAGAUUGUGCAGAACGCGCAAGGGAAUAUGCGCAAGGCGAUCCUCGUGCUCGAGACGCUACGCGUGCAGUCGCCGGACCUCGCCGGGCCGGUCGCCAUCGCGCAGCCGGACUGGCAGACGUACUGCGAGCGCACCGCCGACCUGAUCCUCAGCGAGCAGACACCGGCGCGCCUGCUCGCGGUGCGUGGGCGCCUGUACGAGCUGCUCGUGCACGCGAUCCCCGCGUCGCUCAUCUUUACGACGCUCACCGACUACCUCGUGAAGCGCGUCGACGAGACGCUGCGUGCGAGCAUCGUGGAAAAGGCUGCAUUCUACGAAUUGCGCGCGGCGACAGGCAACAAGCCCAUCUUCCAUCUCGAGGCGUUCGUGGCGCAGGUCAUGUACCUGCAAAAGUCGCUGCUGCUGGGCAUGGAUCUGCCGGAGUAG